UCUAGUGAAAUUAACCGCAAACUUGAAUUAAAACACUGUCAGUUAAACCUCAUAAUUAAAGUUUCGGGCGUUUAGUGCAGCAAGUUGUCGUAAUACGGCAUUUUAGUAGCGUUGUUAUUUGUUUAUGCGGAUUACCACCGGUUACGAUGUUGGUUUGCCUUAUAAACGAGCGCUGCGGGAGCAGGCCGCUCAUUUCGAUCAAACCUACGAUGUCGGACGUUGACAACGGCUCCCCAGUUGACGAAGUUUGCUUGCUCGAUAUGGACGCUUGCUAUGAAACUUUUGACAAAGAUGGAGAUGGGCAGUUAAAUUUCGAUGAGUUCCGUCUGAUCUGCAAGGCGUUGUUCCGCAACGAUAAGGGGCACAUCUACCCCCUGCCGGAGGACAGGGCGCGGCACGUCUUCCAGAUCUUCGAUAAGAACGAUGACGGUUUCAUUGAUAAAGAGGAGUUUACCUUUUGUUGGAACCAUUGGAUUAAAGUUAUCGUGCGUCCUGUGAGCGCCUUCCUGGUGGUGGACGUGCAGAACGACUUCAUCUCCGGCACUCUUAACAUCAGCAAGUGCAACGCGCAGCAAGAUGGCAGCGAGGUGGUGGAACCUAUCAACCGUCUACUGGAAUCUGUGCCGUUCGAGUGCGUGUUCUACUCGCUGGACUGGCAUCCGCCGGACCACGUGUCUUUCAUCGACAACGUGCACAUGCGCGAGCUUCAUGUCUCCAGUCCGGUGUCGGCUGACAAGGCGCAGGCGUACGACACAGUGGUGUUCGCGGGCCCUCCGCCCAUGAAGCAGCGCCUUUGGCCGCGCCAUUGCGUACAGGACUCCUGGGGCGCGGAGCUGCACAGGGACCUCAAGGUGUUAGAUGGUGCGGUGAAGGUGUACAAGGGCACCAACUCCGAGGUGGACUCGUACUCUGUGUUCUGGGACAACAAGAAGCUGACUGACACCAACCUGAGCAUGCAGCUGCGCGCGCGCGGCGUCACCGACAUAUACAUCUGCGGCCUCGCGUACGACGUCUGCGUUGGAGCGACGAUAGCGGACGCGCUGGCAAUCGGAUACCGCGCCGUGUUGGUCGACGACGCCAGUCGCGGAGUAGACCUCGCUGACAUCGAGAAGACCAAAGCCACCAUACUCAACAACCACGGUGUCAUCGUUGACUCAGAUCAAGUCCUGGCAAUGGUGGAGGGUCGCGAUCGUAGACCUGAAUUAGGGUACAAGCUCGCCAUGGAACUGAAGCACGCCAUGGAAGACCAGGAGUAGUUCCAGCUCCUGAACCUUCACCAGUUUCCGAAAUCACGUAAAGUAUCCUUAGCAUAUCAGUUCCUAUU